GAGCUGUCAUUGCGUCUACACCUGUUGCUACCCAAAUUCUAAUUAUUUAAAAAUGUCGGUUUAUGUCCGUGUAUAAUAAACAGUGUCACCUAUCAUCGGAAACUUACAUUUUAGUUUUAUAGUAACUUUCUACAAAAUACUCAGUGGCUUAACAUUCACCGUUGACAAAAAUAAUAUAUUUCUUAGACAAAAAAAGUAUUAAUUUAUUGGUAUAUUCGAACAAACAUACAAGUUUAGAAAGUCGUGAAUAUUACGAUCACAUUACAUAGUACUGUACAAAUAUUAUUUUUCGAUAGUUUUAUAUGUGGCUUAAAGGGCUCGCACUCGGAGCCGUAUCAUCCAUUAAAAACAAAUAACAUGUGUCCACAAUUCAUGCGUUUGUUUUCAAUUUGUAAAUUAUUAAAAUUACGAUAAAUUAAAUAGACAACAAUGGAAGUUCCGGAAGAUAACGAUGAACAACAAAAUUCAGGUCCUGUUGAAAAUGCGUGGGCUAUGAAAAUACCGAAAUUUAAACCGGAAGAUAACCCACACGGCCUGCUAGAGGAAAGUAAAUUUGCGACGUUAUUUCCAAAAUAUCGAGAACAAUACUUAAAAGAAUGUUGGCCCCUCGUCCAAAAGGUACUAAAAGAACAUCAUAUUGUUGCCGAGUUAGAUCUUAUUGAAGGAAGCAUAACGGUGAAGACUACAAGAAAAACUUGGGACCCUUACAUUAUCAUUAAGGCCAGAGAUUUAAUGAAACUUCUGUCACGAAGUGUUCCAUUCGAACAGGCAGUGAGAGUGUUAGAAGACGAAAUAGGAUGUGAUAUUAUAAAGAUUAAUUCCUUUGUCCGUAAAAAGGAGACAUUUUUGAAACGGCGCCAACGUUUGAUUGGGCCAAAUGGUGUUACUCUGAAGUCAAUAGAACUGCUAACAGAAUGCUACGUACUUGUGCAAGGAAACACAGUGUCAGCAGUAGGACCCUAUAAAGGUCUUCUUCAAGUCAGACGAAUUGUUGAGGAUACAAUGAAAAAUAUACAUCCUAUGUAUAACAUUAAAAGCUUGAUGAUAAAACGAGAACUCAUGAAAGAUCCGAAAUUAAAAAAUGAGAGCUGGGAUAGGUUUUUGCCUAAAUUUAAAACCAAGAAUGUACCCCGCAAACAACCUAAAAAGAAAGUUAAGAAACCAUACACUCCAUUCCCUCCACCGCAACAAGAAAGUAAAGUUGAUAAAGAACUUGCAACCGGUGAGUACUUCCUCAAAAAUGAGCAGAAAAAGGCUAAACGGCGUCAUGAGAAGGAAGAGAAACAAGCACAAGCUAAACGAGCUCGUGAUGAACAGAGGCAGAAAGAUUUCAUACCUCCAGAAGAAAAACAGGCUGCACCUUCUACAUCAGAGGAAACUAGUAUUGAUAUUAAACAAUUAAAGGCAAAAAUGAAAAAGUUUUCAAAACAACACAAAAAUGUUAAAAAGAGUAAAACUGAUGGUUAAAAUAAGAUAAGCCAUUUUAUCUUGGAUUUUCAAAACAGGAUUUUAUUAUAAUAAAAUAAAAUAAUAAGAGUGUAUUGAUCAUCAUCAGGUAAGCAGUUGUAACAGCUAUAAAAAAUAAGUUUUAACAUAAAAGUUACUUCUUGCUUAAAUUUAAUAACACUUUUGGUUAAUAUUCAUAACAAAAGUGAAUUCAUGCUACGAAGGGUAAAUAAAAUGCCAUAAAAAUU